GCCACAGCUACUUUGCAUAUCCUGUUUCUGUGACUCAGAUGAUGAUGGCUGUUGGGAGAGGAGGCUAACCGACCAGCGCCGCAUUGAUGCUCGGAGUCCUGGACAAAUCUAAAAGCGAGAAAAAGACAAAUAUCCAAUGAUGGACGAGUUUGCGGGGGACAUGCUGAGCGGAGGUCGAGGAGGUCUCCUCGGUGAGGACAGCUCCGUGAUGGCUCGCAUGCAGAAGAAGUUCUGGAAGACCAAGCAGGUCCUCAUCAAAGCCACGGGCAAGAAGGAGGAUGAGUACGUGGUGGCGUCAGACGCCGACCUGGACGCCAAGCUCGAGUUCUUCCGCUCGGUCCAGUCCACCUGCACGGAGCUGCUGAAGGUGAUCGAGAGGUACCAGCACAGGAUUACACGUCUGUCUCAGGAGGAGAACGAGCUCGGCCUGUUUCUGCGCUUCCAGGCCGAACACGAUCGCACCAAGGCCGGGAACAUGAUGGACGCCACCAGCAAGGCCCUGUGCACCUCGGCCAAGCAGAGGAUGGCACUUUGCCCUCCGCUGCACCGUUUGCACCAGGAAGUGGAGACAUUCAGGCGGCGUGCCAUCGCCGACACGCUGCUGACAGUGGGUCGUAUGGAGAAGGCCCGAACAGAGUACAGGGGAGCUCUGCUCUGGAUGAAAGACAUAUCCCAAGAACUGGACCCAGACACCUACAAACAGCUGGAGAAGUUCCGCAAGGUCCAGGCCCAGGUCAGAGGGACCAAGAGCCAGUUUGAGAAGCUGAAGAACGAUGUGUGUCAGAAGGUGGACAUGCUGGGAGCCAGCCGCUGCAACAUGCUCUCCCACUCCCUCUGUACCUACCAGACCACUCUGCUGCAGUUCUGGGAGAAGACGGCCCACGCCAUGUCGGGAAUCCACGAGGCCUUCCAAGGACACGUACCAUACCAAUUCACUACACUCAAGGACCUGAGAGAUCCACUGGAUCUGAUAACAGAUUCACAAGAAGCGGAGAAGAAGGAGAAGACUCCACAGAGCAACGCAGACAGUCUGGUGUCCUUGGAUGACGACAAGCCGUCAGGAAGUGCCUCUGAUGCAGACCCCGCUAAGAAUGAUGGACAGAACCAAAGCAAUGAGUCUGCUGCCACACCCGCCUCAGCCCUGCAGGAUCUCAGAGGACUGUCAGCGGGCUCCGACGACAGCCUGAUGCUCCCAGCCCCGACAAACGUCACGCUCCGGCCCCAGCUCCUGCCUCCUCCUCAGCCUGGAGACCAGAAAGAGAUCGGUGGCUUCGGAAGCCUCCAGUCCAGCCUCUUACAGCUGUCCGCCUCCGGUGGUGGUCUGCUCUCAGGUGGCCCCUCCCACCACGCGGGGACAGGGCCGAGACCAGAGGAGGAGGACAUGGCGUUCCUCAAAGAUCUCCUCAGCCCGGGUCCAGGGGUGUCCAGCGACGAGUUCAGCAAAGAGUGGCAGGACGCUUUUGGGAUGUUUGACCCUCCCAGAGUCCCUCCCGCCGGCACGGGGGCAACUGGCAGCGGGCAAGCAGCAGGUGUGCCCUCCAACCCCCCCAGCCCCACUGGCUUCCUGCCCUCUCAGCUGCUGGAUCACAGUCUGAGUGCCACAGGCUGGUCAACACCACCCAUGUUCCAAGCUCCGCCCUUGCAGCCUUCUUCUCCUGGUCAGAGCCAAUCAGCUCAGCCGGCUCCAAGUUCGGCAGCCAAUGCUGCUCCAGGUGGAUCCAAAGACAUGUCUGCCUGGUUCAACCUGUUUGCAGACCUGGACCCUCUUUCCAACCCAGACGCCAUUGGACGCUCAGCGGACGAGGUCCUCAAGGCCUGAGGCUCUGUCUGUUUGUGUGUGAGUGUGCGUGUUUGAGUGUGUGUGUGCGCGUUUGUGCGCAAGCAGCAGUGUAUGAUUUCUCUCCAAGGAUCUGGAUUUCAGCAACUUUUCAUGUCAACAACAACCAAUCUCACACAGACACACAUGCACAGACACUAUGCACACACUUGCAGCUGCGUUACUGUUACAGGGAGAGAUGUGUACAUGACCUCACACUCAUAUUUGUGUUACACUGGAUGAUGAUGAUGAUGUUUUACACUGGGGAAAAGAGACGAUGGCUAAACUCUCCUCCUCAGCGGCUCACGGCUGCUCUGUGCAACUUCGAAAAAGACUGUUAACACUACACAAGAAGCCACUGACUCUGUGUGUGUGCACACAGCAAACCUGGUGUGGUUUGUGUUACCUUUCACUCACAGUCAUCGCAGAGAGAAUGUUUGGGUUGCGGGUUUAUUUUGGACAGCGUCGUGUGCUUUUAUUAAUGUUUGCGUUGUUUGGGUGUGUGUCCGUUUUUUUUUUUUUUUUGCCGUGCGUGCGCAUCACAAGGGGCCAGGGAUUUAAAAAAAAAAAAAAAAAAAAAAAAGGAAUCUAUUUACUCUAUAAAGUCGUACGUGUUAGCACAUAUGAAUGAAGUAUGUGUGUAAUACGACAUGAGCAUCAGUGAUUGCGGUGGGGAAAAUGUCCCAUCUGCGGUUUCCAAUUUCACAAUCAAAAGUCCAAGGCCAAGAAAAAAAAAAAAUAGUGUGAAGGAUGAAACAUUUAUUUUGUAAUCCUUUUCUCUGGCAGGAAGUUUUAAAGUAGGACAAAG